AUGGUGGCAUUCGGCAUUUUGGUCGGCACCAGUAUCAGCGCGCGCGGCCGCCUGCUUGAGCCAAUGUUGGACAUGCUGAGCAAGUCCGAAUACUGCCAUCGCACGGGCGCGGCUACCUGCAUUGUAGAGCUUCCUGCAAGCGAGCUCCUGGAAUUCGACCUGCACCCUCCACAGGCGGAGCAGGUUCUGAUGGGCUUCAUGUACAUGCAGGUUGCACGAGGCGAUCGAGCAACCAUGCGUGAGAUUCUUUGUGGAGCUCAUGUGCUCGUUCAGCGGGAUGAACUGAACACCCCAAGCGGGGAAAACUUCACGGCCUAUCAGCUUCUCCAGUCGAUGCCCGGAGCCUACAAGCGACUGUCCUCGCACAGGAGCGAUGCUCAGCAGUAUGGAAUACCGCAGGGCGAGGUCCUGCACACCCUGCUUCUCGGCGACUUGGGUGGCCACACAUGGUUCCAGUUCGAGGGCAACGGAGUGACUUCUGUGAUUAGCUGGUUACUCCACAUGGCCAACUAUUUCGAGUACAAAAUAACAGGUCGCAACAUAGGACCCCUUGGAACGUCGCAGUUCACGGACAGAUGGCCACUGGUCAUCAAGUCUCCGGUAUCUCUCGAGACGAAGGAGUGCCCCACUCUCUGCGCCGGCGCUGGUCGCGGGAAUGGCACCUUGACAGGGGUUGCUGCGAUGAGUCAAGGCUGGUCUUUGCGAGCGCUUCGAAGGCUAAGAAAGAUUUGA